GGAGUCAGGUGUUGCCAAGGUAGAUCGAUGUUGUGCCUCCAAGCUCGGGUUUCCAGUUCGUCUUCGGCUGAGAGCCUGAGAGGAAACCGGUUGUUGGGGGCGGACAAGGGGGCUUGUCGCUUGAGGGUAUAUGACGGAUAAGAUGAACGAGUUCGAACCACAACGUCAGGUGUCUGCUACUCUCCUUCUUCCCAUCAAGGUGCUGCAGUGUCAUUUUUAAACGGUGUGCUCGACAUAUGUACCAAUAGCACGGCACUACCUUUCUGAUCGUUACUUCAACGACACCUGUUAGGGUCAUUUUCGUGCGAGACCGAAGAUCCAACAUGGCAUCACAAGCCCCGGCCGAGGAUAGGGUCGGCGGUCCUACCGUCGACGCGAUCGAGCCCGUCCCCGAAACACCGGCUCCGGCGAACACGGUCCAAGAGAAGGCGGCAAAGUUCCUUGCUGAGCACGGAGGUGGUGACACGACUUUCACGUACGAGGAAGAGCAAGCCGUUCUGAAGAGGAUCAACUUUCGUAUCCUGCCCUUGAUUCUCGGAGCGUAUUUCUUCCAGCAGAUGGACAAGAGUUCUCUCAGCUAUGUUUCCAUCUUCGGCAUCAAAGAAGACGCACACCUCGUCGGGAAGCAGUACUCCUGGCUCGGCUCCAUCCUCUACAUCGCCCAACUCGUCAUGCAACCCGUCGCCGCCUGGAUCCUCGUCAAGCUGCCCAACGGAAAGGUCAUCGCUGCCGCCAUCUUCCUAUGGGGCUCUUCCCUGGCCAUCAUGUCCUCGUGCACAGACUUCAAAUCCCUUCUCGGCCUGCGGUUCAUGCUCGGUUCUUUCGAAGCCAUGAUUGCGCCGUCAUGCUUGGCUGUCACGACUACCUGGUGGAGAAGAAGCGAACAGACGUUGGUCACGAGUUCCUGGAACGCCAUGAACGGCGUGACGUUCAUCGUCGGAAGUCUCUUUACCUACGGUCUGGGCCACAUCAAUAGCGAUAAGCUCUACAAGUACCAGAUUAUCUUUUUGUUCUGCGGCCUGCUCACCGUCACCUACUCCGUUGUCGUCCUCAUAUUCAUGCCCGAUUCGCCCAUGUCUGCCAAGUACCUGACCGAGAGGGAAAAGGUCAUUGCGGUUGAGAGACUCCGUGCAAACCAGAUGGGUAUUCAGUCUGGAGUCUGGCGCUGGGACCACGUUUGGGAAACGUUCCUGGAUUUGAAGACAUGGUGCUGGUUCAUUCUGAUCAUCGCCAUUUCCAUCGCCAGUGGUGGCAUCUCAACCUUUGGUAACUUGAUUGUUCAGUCAUUCGGAUACAGCAGUUUCACAACCAUCCUAUUCAACAUCCCCUUCGGUGCCAUCCAGAUCAUUGCCAUCAUGGGAAGCGGCUGGAUCGCUACUCGAAUCCAGAAGAAGGGCAUCGUUAUCGCAGGCGUGGCAAUUAUCCCUACCAUCGGUACCGUCCUGAUGCUCACCGUACCGCGUGAGCACAAGGGGGUUCUGCUGUUUGGGUACUACUUGGUCUCUGCACUAGCUGCCAUCACGCCUCUCAUCUUCACAUGGCAGGCACAGAACACCGCCGGCGACACCAAGAAGAAGACCACUUCUGCCGUCGUCUUUAUCGGCAUGUGCACGGGCAAUAUCAUCGGACCGCUCUUGUACUCCGUUGAUGACGCCCCGGUAUACCGCCCUGGUCUGAUUUCCAACCUCAUCAUGUUUGUCCUCGUAGCCAUCAUGGGAGCCCUGAUCCCUCUUUACCUCAAGUACCUCAACGUUCAGCACGCCAAGCGCCGUAUAGCACUCGGCAAGAGCACGUUGAUCGUUGACGAGUCGAUGAUGCGAAACAAGGAUAAGCAGGAGGGCAAGGCGGUCGAGAUUGAGGAGGACCCUCAACACCAGCACCGUGCGAUUGAGGAGGAUCACGGUCUGCAGGACAUGACGGAUCUGAAGAACGAGGACUUUAUCUUUGUGUACUAGAAAGUCGGUGAUAUAUCGACGCGAGACGAGGUACUUGCCUAUAUAUCGAAUUGGGAAUCAGAGCACCUGGCACUUUGAUGGGUGAUCGUUCGAGUGAGCUUAUGAACUGUCUGCAAGGAAUCUGACGAGGACUUCGUCGGAAGCCACUGUGGCUGCUUAUCGCUGCUUAUCGCCUGUGGCCCUUUAUCAGUACCGAUAAGAGUUCUUGAGGUGUGCUCGGUG